AGCCGCGGAGCCGCGGAGCGAGGGAACCGCGGAGGAUGGCGGCGGGCGACCCGGAGCAGGCGCGGUACUGCGGGCGGCUCUCCUACCUGUGCCUCAAGCUCACCCUCAUCACCUACUCCACCACGUUCUGGGUGAUCGGAGCCCUCGUCCUUGCCGUUGGGAUUUAUGCAGAAAUUGAAAGACAGAAGUACAAAACUUUAGAAAGUGCCUUUCUAGCCCCAGCAAUUAUUUUAAUACUUCUGGGCAUUGUAAUGUUCCUGGUAUCCUUUGUGGGUGUACUGGCUUCUCUAAGAGACAAUUUAUGCCUUCUGCAAGCAUUCAUGUACAUCCUUGGUAUCUGCUUGCUGAUUGAGCUGACAGGUGGAGUGGUGGCCCUGAUCUUCAGGAACCAGACAAUCAAAUUUUUGAAUGAUAACAUUAGAAGAGGAAUUGAGAAUUACUAUGAUGAUUUAGACUUCAAGAACAUCAUGGAUUCUGUUCAAAAGCAGUUUAAGUGCUGUGGUGGGGAAGAUUAUAGAGAUUGGUCCCAAAAUGUGUACCACAGCUGUGCAGCUCCAGGACCACUGGCUUGUGGAGUGCCCUACACUUGCUGCAUCAGAAAUAAGACAGACAUUAUCAACACUAUGUGUGGAUACAAAACCAUUGACCAAGAGCGCUUGAGUGUUCAGCAUGUCAUCUACGUCCGAGGGUGCACGAAUGCUGUGCUCAUUUGGUUUUUGGACAACUACAGCAUCAUGGCUGGCGUGCUGCUCGGCAUAUUGCUGCCCCAGUUCCUGGGGGUGCUGCUGUCCUUGCUGUACGUCACACGGGUGGAGGACAUCAUCGCGGAGCACAAGCUGAGCGAGAGCCUCUUCGGAGACGCGCGCCACAGAGCUGCCCCCGAGUUCUCUGGAGCCGGCUGCUGCAUGUGUUACCCGGGCUGACGGCGAGAGCGCGGAGCGCGGCCAAACCGGGCAAACGCGGCAGCUUCGGUCCGUGCCGGCUGCUCCAGGCUCGGGGGGCGAUGGAGCAGCCGGCGGCGGGUGCCACCAGGACGCGGCGGAGGGUCCCGCGCUGCCGGCGGGACCGCCGAAGGGUCGGGCCUGUGGAUCAUGACAUCUCCUUCUGAGUGAUUGCUGGCUGACAACCCGGCCGGAAAAAAAAACUGGAGAAGAUUUCAACGUCGAUUUCUAGGGAGUGUCUUUGCGUCUCGGGGUGUCGUAUUUAAGUGUUUGUCCUUUUCCAGCUUUAUUUUCUUACUCCUUCCGGAGAGAUUUCUUACCGAUCGACCUGGUGAAUAUUAGAAGUGUGCUUAAUAAUGGGGGUUUAUGCUAAUCGUGGCGAAUUUACUGACAAUAAUGGACGUGAUGCUGAUCGCUUUCAUUGCUCAGUCUUCUGUGCCUUUUAAUAAUGGGGCAAAUGCCAAUGUCAAAUCAGUCAGGUAAUGCUUGAUCUAUUUUUUAAAGCAGUUUAUUACUGUCUGGCUUUUGUAUAAACUUACAGGAUGUUUGAGUCUUGGAUGUACUGUAUUUUUCCUCUUUAGUAAAUUAACUAGGUGAUUUAUAACUUCAUAUUUUUUUGGAGUUCUGUAUGUCAACAUGUUUCUAAAAUUUACUGUCAAAAUAAAAACAAUGAGUCGCUUUUCUUAA